UUUUCAAAAUCGGCCAUAUUGGUGAACAAUGGGUCGAGUAAUCAGGAGUCAGCGUAAAGGACCUGGGUCCGUUUUCACGGCCCACACCAAACACAGGAAAGGAGCUGCCAAACUUCGGCCAAUUGACUUUGCUGAGCGACAUGGAUACAUUAAAGGUGUUGUCAAGGACAUCAUCCAUGACCCUGGUCGAGGUGCUCCUUUGGCUCGAGUUAUGUUCAGAGAUCCCUACAGGUACAAGAUGAGAACCGAGACCUUUGUAGCAACUGAAGGCAUGUACACUGGACAGUUUGUCUAUGCCGGUAAAAAAGCCACUCUUCAAGUUGGAAACAUUCUUCCUGUCGGAGGUAUGCCAGAAGGUACAGUUGUGUGCUGUAUCGAGGAGAAGACUGGAGACAGAGGCAAGCUUGCUAGAGCCUCUGGUAACUACGCUACAGUUAUCUCCCACAAUCCAGACACCAAAAGAUCAAGAGUGAAACUCCCAUCUGGAUCCAAAAAAGUUAUACCAUCUGCCAACAGAGCUAUCGUUGGUAUUGUUGCCGGAGGUGGACGUAUCGACAAGCCCCUCUUGAAGGCAGGCAGAGCCUACCACAAGUACAAGGCCAAGCGUAACUGCUGGCCUAAGGUGCGUGGUGUGGCAAUGAACCCUGUAGAGCAUCCCCAUGGAGGUGGUAACCAUCAGCAUAUUGGUCAUGCUUCAACCGUUAAGAGAACGACAUCAGCUGGUAGAAAGGUUGGUUUGAUUGCAGCCAGAAGAACUGGUCGUCUUAGGGGAUCCAAGUCCAUGCAGGGAAAAGAUAAAGAAUAAACUUUUAAAUAAAUGGACUCUGAUAUUGGCAUUCACUGUAAAUUAUCAAAUAAAGAUGUCAAU